UUUCGUUACGAGUACGAUACGGUGCAUGACAUAUUGAACUGGUUGUAUCAGAAUUAACCGGCACUGAGUAGAUCGCGAGGUAAAAAUCUUCAAAAAUGAAGGAAAAACUUCCGGAGACGAUAAAUUUUCCAAAGGAAGAGGAGCUCGUAUUGGAAUUGUGGAAAAAACUAAAUACUUUUCAAAAUUGCUUGAAACAAUCGAAAGGAAAACCGAAAUAUACGUUUUAUGAUGGCCCACCUUUUGCUACUGGUUUGCCACAUUACGGUCAUAUACUUGCUGGCACAAUAAAAGAUAUUGUAACACGAUACGCUCAUCAAUCUGGUUUUUAUGUGGAAAGAAGAUUUGGUUGGGACACUCAUGGUUUACCUGUCGAGUUUGAAAUAGAUAAGACAUUGGACAUAAAAGGUCCUGACGAUGUUGCUAAAAUGGGAAUAGCGAAUUAUAAUAAAGAAUGUAGAAAUAUUGUAAUGCGGUAUGCAGCAGAAUGGGAAAUGAUUGUGACUAGAAUCGGAAGAUGGAUAGAUUUUAAGAAUGAUUACAAAACAUUAUAUCCCUGGUAUAUGGAAUCUGUCUGGUGGGUUUUCAAGGAGCUAUAUAAUAAGGGUCUUGUGUAUCAGGGUGUUAAAGUAAUGCCUUUUUCUACAGGCUGUAACACACCGCUGUCCAAUUUUGAAUCAGGACAAAAUUACAAAGAUGUUGUCGACCCUUCUGUAGUUGUAUCUUUUCCUCUGGUAGAUGAGCCAGGUAUUUCUAUUCUUGCUUGGACCACCACUCCUUGGACUCUACCUAGCAACAUGGCACUUUGUUGUAAUCCUAAUUUUGAAUACAUAGAAGUUAAAGAUCAUUCUUCCGACAAUGUAUACAUUAUAUUGGAAUCUAGUUUAGAACUUAUAUAUAAAUCUUCAGAUGCAUAUACUGUACAACGUAAGAGGAAAGGAUCUGAUUUAAAGGGAAAGAUAUACAAACCACCUUUUCCAUAUUUUCAAAAUUUAAGGGAGAAAGGUGCUUUUGUAGUAUUAAACGAUACGUAUGUUACUGCAGAAACUGGUACAGGUAUUGUUCAUCAAGCUCCCUAUUUUGGCGAAGAUGACUAUCGAUGUUGUUUAGCAGCUGGUAUUAUAACAAAAGAUCAAGAAAUUAUAUGUCCUAUCGAUAGUUGUGGAUGUUUUAUAGAACCGGUUCAUGAUUUUGCUGGAAAAUACGUAAAAGAUGCAGACAAAGAAAUAAUCAAAUACCUACAGGCAAAUAAAAGAUUAAUACAGAGCAGUACGACUAAGCACAGUUAUCCAUAUUGCUGGCGAUCCGAUACUCCGUUGAUUUAUAAAGCUGUACCGUCGUGGUUCAUUAGAGUAGAAGCUAUAAAAGAUCAGCUAAUAACAGCAAACAGUAAUACUUACUGGGUACCAGAUUCUGUGAAAGAAAAACGAUUUGGUAACUGGUUAAGAGAUGCACGCGAUUGGGCUAUUAGCAGAAAUCGUUAUUGGGGUAAUCCAAUCCCUUUGUGGAUUUCAGAAGAUGGACAAGAGAUUGUAUGUAUAGGAAGUAUUGCAGAAUUAGAAAGAUUAACGAACACAAAAGUGACAGACAUUCAUAGAGAAAGCAUAGAUGAUUUAACUAUACCCUCAAAUCGACCGGGAUAUCCACCUUUACGACGUGUACCCGAAGUCUUUGAUUGCUGGUUCGAGUCCGGUUCUAUGCCGUUUGCACAAAUGCACUAUCCUUUUGAAUGCAAGAAAGAAUUUGAAGAUCAUUUCCCGGCUGACUUUAUCGGGGAAGGUAUCGAUCAAACUCGUGGAUGGUUCUAUACUCUUUUAGUUAUAUCAACUGCACUUUUCAAAAAAGCUCCAUUUAAAAAUCUUGUCGCCAAUGGUUUGAUUCUGGCAUCCGAUGGACAAAAAAUGUCAAAACGUAAAAAGAAUUAUCCGGAUCCUAUAGAAAUUGUCGAUAAGUAUGGAGCAGAUGCUUUGCGUUUGUACUUAAUUAAUUCCCCUGUUGUAAGGGCUGAAAAUCUACGAUUCAAAGAGGAGGGAGUAAGAGAUGUUAUAAAAGAUAUAUUUCUACCUUGGUACAAUGCAUUUAGAUUCUUACUACAGAAUAUUGAACGAUUUGAAAGAGAAGAGGAAACUACUUUUGUAUACGAUAAAACGAAAAACGAACGUUCUAAUAAUAUAAUGGAUAGGUGGAUUAUAUCUUUUACACAAACGUUACUGCAGUUUGUUAAACAAGAAAUGCAGUCUUACAAAUUAUACACUGUAGUACCACACUUGGUAAAAUACAUAGAUAAUCUAACUAAUUGGUAUGUGAGAAUGAACAGAAAACGUAUAAAAGGUGACGGCGGUGCAACUGAUUGUCGGCAAGCGUUAAAUACUUUAUUCUCUGUUCUUUACACCAUGGUGUGUAUAAAUGCACCCUUUACACCGUUUUUAACAGAAUUUAUGUUCCAACGUUUAACGAAAAUACUUUCACCAUCUAAAACUAACAUGGAGAGUGUUCACUAUCAAAUGGUACCAGAGUCCUGUUUACAAUUAAUCGAUGAAAAUAUUGAAAAAGCAGUAUCAUACAUGCAAACUGUAAUUGAAUUAGGACGCGUUGUAAGAGAUAGGAAAACAAUUCCUGUCAAAUAUCCGUUACCAGAGCUCGUAGUAAUUCACCAAGAUGCUACAAUACUAGAAGAAAUAAUCUCUUUAAAGUCAUACAUUCUUGAAGAACUUAAUGUAAAGGAGUUAACAGUUACUACGGACAAACAAAAAUAUGGUGUUAUACUAAGAGCAGAACCAGAUCACAAAAUACUUGGAUCACGCCUAAAGGCUGAAUUCAAGUCUGUUACUCAAGCUAUUAAAGAACUUUCCGAUGAACAACUACAAACAUUUGUUACAACAAAUGAGAUUAUUGUACAGGGUCAUAAAUUAGAAAAGCAAGAUUUACGUUUGAUGUUUAGUUUCACAGGCCCAGCUGCUGAACAAUUAUCUAAGCAAUAUGAAGCUCAUAGCGAAGGAAAUGUUUUAAUUUUGUUGGAUGUCACUCCUGACGAAAGUAUGCAUAAUGAAGGAAUAGCUAGGGAAGUAAUCAAUAGGAUUCAAAAAUUGCGGAAGAAAGCUCAGUUGGUUCCAUCGGACGAGGCAAUUGCAUAUUAUGAAAUUCAAGAUAGAGAUAGUACCUUAGCAAAAGUAAUCGUUAGUCAUAAAAGUUUUAUUGAAAAUGCGACUAAAACACCCCAAGAAGAUUCACUUAAAAUGCCAAGUAACGCAAGCGUAAUCAUAGAGAAAACAGAAAGUAUUAAGGGAAUGGACAUGAAACUUACUUUAGUAAAAACUAUGCGCCAAGUUCAAAAUAACAAAACAGAAACGGAAACUUUGUUAAAAUAUGUAAAUGUUGAACUUCUAAAUAUAAAACCAAGAUUCGGUGCAACCAGUUGCUUAGGAACUAUUUUAUUACAAACUCCAAAAUCACUUACUCCAAUUUCAUACGAACAAUUAAAGCGAGAAAUUGAACUAAUAUUUGGUAUUCACGGUUGUUUUUAUGACUUGUAUAUCAACAAUGAGCCGAUGCUGGAAUUAAGUGAUAUAUCAUUAUUACAUAAAGAAACGAUAAAAGUAAGAAAAGUUGGCUCAUCAGAAAUAUUGUCACCAUCUGCGACAUUAACAAAUCCUGUUUGUAAAUUUGUUAAUAUAAAUAGUGCUGCAGGUAAAGGUACCAUUUUAUUAGAAAACCCGAAAGGGAAUUUUAAUUUCGAUCACGCGAUGUUAAAGCAACGAUUACAUCUUUUCUUUGAUCACACAAGUAUUUCUGAACCUUUACCUGCAAUAUUAUGCCAAUUAAAUGGAAAAACUUUGGAACUAAGUUAACUUUCGUUUAAAAAAUCAGUUUAUUUAUUUACUUUCUAUUCGUGUAAGUACAUCCUCCCAGAAUAUUUGUCAGGGUUAAAUGAUUAAAUAUAAAUUUCAGCUUGUUAACUUUGUGUACAAAGUAAUUACUUAUUUAUUUAACAUCAAAGACUUUGUAUGUUGUUAGUUUUAUCU